UGUGAGUGUGCGCGCUGAAGGAUCUCUGCACUGCAGCCUCCUCCUCCUCCUCCUCUCUCCGUCUCUCCCUCUCUCACACUGAGCAUCGCUGCUGCAGUAUUAGGCAUCGGUACCUGGUAAAGAAGAAAAGGAACCCGAGAGAGAUUGGGAGAGGAUGCUGAAUAACCUGACAGAGUGUGAGGAAGGAGAGGGGGGCACCAGUCAAGGAGAUGGGAAUCCCAAGGAAAGCUCCCCUUUUAUUAACAGUUCAGAAUUGGACACAGGAAAAAAUAUGGCCCUGUUUGAGGAGGAAAUGGACACGAGUCCUAUGGUUUCCUCUCUUCUUGGUGGCUUGGCCAACUACACAAACCUGACACAGGGUGUAAAAGAGCAUGAAGAAGCCGAAAACAAUGAAGGGGCAAAGAAGAAGCCAAUCCAGGCUCCAAGGAUGGGAACCUUUAUGGGGGUCUACCUCCCCUGUCUACAGAACAUCUUCGGGGUCAUCCUUUUUCUGCGUCUUACUUGGGUUGUGGGAGUCGGUGGUAUCCUGGAGUCUUUCAUUAUUGUCGUAAUGUGCUGCUCCUGCACCAUGCUGACUGCUAUCUCAAUGAGCGCCAUCGCUACCAAUGGAGUUGUGCCAGCUGGUGGUUCGUAUUACAUGAUAUCCCGGUCACUUGGACCAGAGUUUGGAGGAGCUGUAGGUCUUUGCUUUUACUUGGGAACCACAUUCGCAGGAGCGAUGUACAUCCUGGGGACCAUUGAGAUCCUAUUGACGUACCUCUUCCCUGGGAUGGCCAUCUUUAAAGCACAAGAUGCCAGUGGGGAGACUGCGGCUCUACUCAACAACAUGCGUGUAUAUGGCACAUGUGUGCUCUCCUGCAUGGCCAUUGUGGUGUUUGUGGGAGUGAAGUAUGUGAAUAAGUUUGCGCUGGUGUUCCUGGGCUGUGUGAUCCUGUCCAUCUUCGCAAUAUAUGCCGGAGUCAUCAAGUCUGCUUUUGACCCACCAGAUUUCCCUAUCUGCCUCCUUGGCAAUCGAACUUUGUCCCAAAAAGGAUUUGAUGUCUGCGCUAAGUUUGUAGACAUCGGCAAUGAGACCGUCACCACCAAGCUGUGGGCACUUUUCUGCUCCUCUCCGUUUUUGAAUGCCACAUGUGACCAGUACUUCUCACAAAACAACGUGACAGAGAUUCAGGGCAUCCCAGGAGUAGCCAGUGGACUUAUCAAAGAUAACUUGUGGUCGAAUUAUUUACCAAAGGGCAUUAUAGUGGAAAAACCUGGAAUGCUGUCUGUGGCCUCUCAGGAUCCAGUUAAUUUGGACCAAUCUUAUGUCUUUACUGAUAUGACAACAUGCUUCACCCUCCUGGUGGGAAUCUAUUUUCCCUCAGUCACAGGAAUUAUGGCUGGUUCUAACAGGUCUGGAGAUCUUCGUGAUGCCCAAAAGUCUAUCCCUAUUGGCACUAUAAUGGCUAUUGCCACCACAUCCUUUGUUUAUGUUUCUUCUGUUAUUCUCUUUGGGGCCUGUAUUGAAGGUGUUGUCUUACAUGACAAGUUCGGGGAAGCUGUUAAUGGAAAUUUAGUGGUGGGAACACUGGCCUGGCCCUCCCCCUGGGUCAUUGUUUUCGGGUCUUUCUUCUCUACAUGUGGAGCUGGUUUACAAAGCUUAACGGGAGCUCCACGUCUCCUGCAAGCCAUAGCACGAGACGGUAUUGUGCCUUUCCUCAGAGUGUUUGGCCAUGGAAAGGCUAAUGGAGAACCAACAUGGGCGCUGUUGCUGACAGCCUGUAUCUGUGAGAUUGGUAUCCUCAUUGCAUCUCUGGAUGAAGUAGCUCCAAUUCUUUCCAUGUUUUUCUUGAUGUGUUACAUGUUUGUUAACUUGGCAUGUGCAGUGCAGACAUUGCUCAGGACUCCCAACUGGAGGCCUCGCUUCAAAUAUUACCACUGGACGCUUUCAUUCCUGGGGAUGAGUCUCUGCCUGUCUCUCAUGUUUAUCUGCUCCUGGUAUUAUGCUCUGGUUGCUAUGUUGGUAGCUGGUCUUAUUUACAAAUACAUUGAGUACCGAGGGGCUGAGAAGGAGUGGGGAGAUGGAAUUCGUGGACUGUCACUCAGUGCUGCUCGUUAUGCCCUCCUAAGGUUGGAGGAAGGACCCCCACAUACUAAGAAUUGGAGGCCUCAGUUGCUUGUUCUAGUUCGAGUGGAUCAGGACCAAAAUGUUGUUCACCCCCAGCUCCUUUCUUUGACCUCUCAGUUAAAGGCUGGUAAAGGGCUGACCAUUGUUGGCUCAGUGCUGGAAGGGACCUACCUGGAGAAUCAUCCACAAUCUCAGCGUGCUGAAGAGUCUCUCCGUCGAAUUAUGGAAGCCGAGAAGGUAAAGGGAUUUUGCCAGGUGGUUAUAUCUUCCAAUAUCAGAGAUGGGAUUUCUCAUUUGAUUCAGUCCAGUGGCCUUGGAGGAUUGCAACAUAACACUGUCCUUGUUGGGUGGCCAAGGAAUUGGAGGCAAAAAGAAGACCACCAGACUUGGAGAAACUUCAUUGAACUUGUCAGGGAAACAACUGCUGCCCACUUGGCUCUGAUUGUCACCAAGAAUGUAGCCAUGUUCCCUGGAAACCAGGAGAGAUUUUCUGAAGGCAAUAUCGAUGUUUGGUGGGUGGUCCAUGAUGGUGGCAUGCUGAUGCUAUUGCCAUUUCUCCUACGUCACCACAAGGUCUGGAAGAGAUGUACAAUGCGGAUCUUCACAGUGGCUCAAAUGGAUGAUAACAGUAUCCAAAUGAAGAAAGAUCUGACCACCUUCUUGUACCAUCUAAGAAUUAAUGCAGAAGUAGAAGUAGUAGAAAUGCAUGACAGUGAUAUUUCAGCAUAUACAUAUGAGAAGACUUUAGGGAUGGAGCAAAGAUCCCAAAUCUUGAAGCAAAUGCACCUGACCAAAACAGAACGGGAGCGUGAGAUUCAGAGCAUUACAGAUGAAUCACGUGGCUCAAUAAGGCGCAAGAACCCCACAAACUCUCGGCUGCAUCUAAGUGUUCCAGAAGAGCAAGUAGGAGAUUGUGAGGAAAAACCUGAAGAAGAGGUACAGUUAAUACAUGAUAAAAAUGCAACAGGUUUCUCUAGUACCCCCCAAUCUCCACCAGAGGAACCAGAGACUACUCAAGACAAGGUGCACCUUACCUGGACAAAGGAGAAGUUCACAGCAGACAAAAACAAGGAUAAAAGUCCUAGCACUUCAGAGGGGAUAAAAGAUCUUUUCAACAUGAAACCGGAGUGGGAGAACUUGAACCAAUCAAAUGUUCGCAGGAUGCACACAGCUGUAAAACUGAAUGAAGUUAUAGUCAAAAAGUCUCACGAUGCAAAACUUGUUCUGCUAAAUAUGCCUGGACCACCUCGUAAUAGGAAAGGGGAUGAAAACUAUAUGGAAUUUUUAGAAGUCCUCACAGAACAUCUGGACCGGGUAAUGUUAGUUCGCGGGGGAGGACGUGAGGUCAUUACUAUUUAUUCCUGAACAGCAGAGCCUGGAUGAAGUUUUUGCUGCACUUAGCAGGAGCCUUCGAACCUCUCUCCAUAUUCUAAAGGCAUGAAAGAGAUCAGGAGAGACGGUGGGAAGGCAUGUGGUCAGUGCUCAGAAACUUCACUUGCUUCCACCAUACCCCCUUUAAUGCCCUUACAUGUGAACUGCAGCACCAGAUCUUCCAUUCCAGCACAAGUGCAACUGUUUCUCAUAUCUUCAUCAGCGUGCCACUGAUGAAGUUAAUAUAUAAAUCUUUACAUACAGUCUAUGUUUCUUAAACUGAGCUGCACUGCUUAAGAUGCUAUCAAUACUGGCCCCUUUUCAUGCAUCCUGUGAUCCACUGUUACACCAAUCUCUCCCUGAUAGACUUGGAGAACACAUGGGUUGUACAGGCAGAAAGCAGGAGAUAUUUCCACCAUCUUCUCUCUUGGUGAUAACGAUCAUUUUCAUUGAUUACGGCACUGGUGUGACAAGAUAAGGGAGAGAGGGGAGUAUUCACCAGCAUGCUUUACCGUUCCAAAUGUUCCUCUCUAUGCCCUUUUCUUGACUGCCGCUAUUUUCUCCUCGGCUACAGCAAUUUGAUUAGUCAAGGACUUAAUGGAACAGCAGAUAAAAAGUUACAUACAAACUACUGUUCAUUCAGACUGCAUACCCCCCAAAUGAGGAACAAGCGAUGAGAAAGAGGACCGAAUACAGCAUUCAGAGCUGUGCAAGGACCAUGCAGCUGUGUCAGAAAUAAAGUAAGGGCUGUCUUAAAAAUAAAAUAUAUAUAUAUAUAUCGUCUGAUGCCGAGGAGCAUGUUGCAAUAAUAAUCUGAUGCAAAAAAAAAAAACAGAACAAUUGUAUCUGCCUUUUACCUGAACCCUUUGUUUUGUAGGCUUACAUUUGAGGAAAUAUGCUUGUCUAAAAUAUUGGUGUAUUCACUGAACACCAGAUAGGGGCAAGAGUGUGUUGUUUUAGACCAGUGGCAGGGAAACCACUGCACCUUUCGGAGACUGUGAACUGCUUCCAUUGUUUUACGUUGCAUGGCUUAGAAUAGAUUGCUUAUGUAACACCCAUCUCACACUAUUCUAAUCUAUAAUUUUAUUUUAGCUGCGAUUUCCGUGCUUGCUUCUUGUCCUCACUCUCUGCACAGAGACAUUACUUCCCCGAUUACAUCUAGAAUUAGUAACACUGAUUGGAUCAAUCCUGAUGUGUGAUAAUAAAAUCUGUGAUUUUGUUUGCUGGAGAACAAUUAAAUAAAAGGCUGCUAUAGUUCAUACACUUUGAAACAUCACCUUACAAUUAGAAUAUGCUACUUUAGAAUUCUAUUUUUCUCCAGGGACCAGUCUUCCAGAACAGUGUUAGAUAAGAUUGAUUUACCCCCACCCUAAUUUUUUUGUCAUUUACCAAAGUCAGUGCAGGUAUAAUAUAGAGUCCUUUUUUCUAUAGGCACCAUUAUAUGUAUAUUAGGUGAUGCUGUAAUCUCAAAUCAGCACUCCCAAUAAAUGUAACCUAUGCGUGCCAUGGCAACAGCGCUGUGAAUUCCACGGCAAGUGUUGAACAGCACCCACUAUUGUAUAUAAAAAAAAAUUCUUAGAGAUAUAUAUAAUCUAAGAUAGAUAGAUAGAUAUACACAGAUAGAUAUCUAUGUGUAUAUGUUUAUUCAGGCUGCUGCGUACGGAUGUCUAAAAUUAAGUAAAACGGUAGUGUGAGCAUGUAAGAAAGUUUUAUGAAUUUGUGUAGCACAUUUAAAUACUUUAUAUAAUAGCUCAAGCACCUCAUCACAGAAUUAUAUUGUAUAAAGUAAAAUCUAUAUGGGACUGGUUUGCACUUUUUUUGUUUGUUUGCAGGUGAUUUCAUGUUAAGAGAAGUGUAGUAUUUGUAAUAAAUGUAUUCCAUUUGUGAGAACCUGGCAUACAAAUCCAACAGAGAACGGCAGCAUGAAGUCACCUGUUGAAGGAAAGUCCAACUCUGAUCUUAGCUCUACUUUUAAAAAGAAAACAUUGUUAUAUUUGUGGAGAAUUGACUAGAGGCGCACCCUCAGCAUCAACAGUUGUGAUAGGCUGGUACUACUGCUGUAGUUGUGUUUUGAUGUUUUAUUGUCCAUUUUGCCUUGUGUGAAAUGAGAAACUCACCAGCCUUGCAUGUACACGUCGAUGAAUGAUUUGCAAAUUUUGUUUAAAGGGGAACUUUUCUUUUGGUCAAGCAUGCAAUUAUUUGUGCAAAUCUAUACCUGACCGGUUAACAGCAUUCUGACUCUCCAAGUUUCAGUUGGUGUAGUUUAGGCAGCUGUGCAUUGCAUCUUUUGGGAGCCUGACAUUUGUACAUACGAGUGACUCAUGAGUUUUGCUAUAUCUCCCUUGAAGUGCCUCUAAGAGUGGAAAACUGGCUCUCUUUUUGCUCCAGAUGCUGUUUCCUUAAAAGUAGAUAAUAGUAAACCACUAAAACUUAAUUUUCGUGGUCACAUACAUCUGGACAAAAUUUGAAAAAGGUUAUGUUGGGGUAUAAGUGCUCUGCAAGUUAAGAGAGUAUAAUAUAUAUAUAUAUAUAUAUAUAUAUAUAUAUAUAUAUAUAAAAAUUAUUUCACAUCAAAACAUUAUACCAUGACAAAUUUUUCCAAACGCUGCCCAACUCUAAUCUGGACUAUCAAGUAAACCUAGGGAGGGCUUUUAAUCACAAUGCACUGGUGUGAACAAUGGCAGAUGAAUUUUGAAGGUGACACGCACAUUGGUGUUUUGCAGUGAGGAGCAACUUUCUAAGAGGCCAGAAUUUACUUAGAAACCAGCUAAUACCUAGUACUCAUUUUGUGUAGCUCAAAGUUGGAACACACACAUUCUUGCUUCUAUGCAGACAUAUCAGGGACCUUUGGAAAAAAAAAUAUUUUGGUACCAGUUUUAUCAUCUUUAAAAAAAUAAAAUAAUUAAAAAAAAAGUAGAGUGGGGAGACCUAGGCCCUCUUCAGCCACUAGUACAGACUGGAGUUGGCAGACAUUACUUUAAGAGAUACUACAGGGCUGGGUAGGAUAUCUAUACGAAAACCUUCCAGUACUACUACUAUGCUGCUAACGGGCAUGUUCUAUAUAAUUUUGAGGGUGGGAGGAAAUAAACUUGAACUUGCUAAUGUGGCAGCUUAGCAAUUCCCAUUUACAAGUUGCACUACUAAAGCCAGAAUGCUACCUGGCUGACACAGUAACUUUAGAAGAAAAAGGACUCCCAAGGCUUCAAGUUAUCUAUUGAUUUAAACUCACGUUGUGCUAUUUGUGUAAUAUAAAUAUAUAAAAUAUAUACACACUUAUUUAAUCGUCUUUUGGAAAGUCCCACAACAAACGUGAUCUAGGACUCCCCCCAACUGCACUCUAUGUUUUAUGUACUUCCUAGUAAUACAAGUGUUCUCUCCUUAUGUGGCUAGUAAAUAAAAUGCUUUAAACUAGUGUUCAUAACAAAGGAUAUAGAUUUAAUCCUUGUACAGAUAUUGUUCCAAACCAAAUGAUACACUGCUAUAGACUUGCUGCUUUUUGUUUGUGUAUCUUCCAGAAAUAGUUUUGUUUUGUGUAGUUAUUUACAAUGUGGUUCUUUGUGGUUGAAUGCUACUUUACUUACUCAUACAGCUUUAAUGUGCCGAUUUAAUUUGUUUUCAGACUUCUGUCAGCACAAAAUGCAAUAAAUUGAAAUUUUAUUUACA